UGGGCCGGGUCCGCCCGGUGGGCCGAGGUUGCAGAGGAGGCGGCGGGUGGUACCGCGGCGAGGCGACAAGGCGGCGAGGCGGCGCGACCGGCGGGCGCCGACUCCCGGAGGCCGCCGUCGGGGUGAGGUGUCCUCAUGACUUCCCCUGCAGACCAUGUCUAUGAUCCUUUUUGCCUGUGUGGUGAGGGUGAGGGAUGGACUGCCUCUCUCCGCCUCCACUGACUUUUACCACACCCAAGAUUUUCUGGAAUGCCGGAGACGGCUCAAGACUUUAGCCUUGCGACUGGCCCAGUACCCAGGUCGAGGUUCUGCAGAAGGAUGUGACUUCAAUAUACAUUUCUCUUCUUUGCGGGAUGUGGCUUGCAUGGCUAUCUGCUCCCGCCAGUGUCCAGCGGCCAUGGCCUUCUGCUUCCUGGAGACCGUGUGGUGGGAAUUCACAGCUUCCUACGAUACCACCUGUAUUGGCCUGGCCUCCAGGCCAUAUGCCUUUCUCGAGUUCGACAGUACCAUUCAGAAAGUGAAGUGGCAUUUUAACCAUGUAAGUUAUGUUCAAAUGGAGAGCAGCUUGGAAAAAAUUCAGGAGGAGCUGGAGUUCCAGCCUCCAGUGGUCCUCACUCUGGAGGACACCGAUGUGGCAAAUGGAAUAAUGAACGGUCAUACACAGAUACACUUGGAGCCUGCUCCUAAUUUCCGAAUGGAACCAGUGACAGCCCUGGGUGUCCUCUCGCUUAUUCUCAACAUCAUGUGUGCAGCUCUGAAUCUCAUCCGCGGGAUUCACCUCGCAGAACAUUCUUUACAGGUUGCUCAUGAGGAGAUUGGAAAUAUUCUGGCUUUUCUUAUUCCUUUUGUAGCCUGUAUUUUCCAGUGUUAUUUGUACCUGUUCUACAGUCCAGCCAGGACUAGGAAGGUGGUGCUGUUGCUGCUCUUUAUCUGCCUGGGCAACGUGUACCUGCAUGGGCUGCGGAAUGUCUGGCAAAUCCUCUUUCACAUCGGGGUGGCUUCUCUGUCUUCGCAUCAGAUACUAACCAGGCAGCUUCAGGAGAAGCAGUGCGACUGUGGAGUGUGAAGGCGACUCUGUGUGACGAAUGGAUCCUUUGGCUGUCUUAGGAGGGUUAUCUCUGUUUCCCUUCUGGCUUCUCCACUUCACCUCAGAUUUUCACCCUCGAAGUUCCCUUCGACCAAGCCAGGCAGAGAGCGACAGUGGGGGAUUUUGAGCAGGUGCAGCGGAAGGCAGGAGGUGGCUUGAGACCCAGGCCCAGCUUUGUGCUGAGCGUUACAGCAGAAUCUCCAGGUCAGCACCUCUCCUUGGGACAGCAGAAUUUGGGGGCUCACCCCCCAAGGAGCAUUACUGGAAGAUCAGAACGGAAUUGUUUUGGUCUUUUCAAUCGGAUGACGCAAUAAACCACGAGAUCCAAUAACACUAGUUUUAGUAACUGGCAGUUGUCUCUGAGGAACCACUUUGAAACCCGAAUCAGCUUUUCAGUCUAAAUGUGACUUGGUUAGUUUCUUGUAGAGGGUCAAUACAGGGUGAAUUAAAAAUUUUAAAAUGUGGCUCAGAAAUACAAGUUAGAUAAAUUUUAUUUACAUUUUUUGAUAACUUGAGUCCAGUAUGGUACCUUUAGAAUAUUUAAAUAUAUUUUGGAUAUAAAUUGAACUUACCUUCAUUUAGGGAAAGGGUAAACGUAAGCUGAGAAAAUGAUUAAGAAAGCUGAAUUUAUUUAAUUUAUCUACAACUUUUUAUAGUGGUGAAGCUGUGUGGGUAUGGAAAUGUUUUUAUUUAUUUAUUUGCAGGGCAGAUAUAUAUCUGAGUAUUUUAGAAAUUGAGUAACCAGGGCUACUGGAUCAUAGAUCGUGAGCAUGACUAUGAGCUUAUAAGCCUGAGAAUUUCAGGACUCUCUGCAGUGGGCCACAGACUGGAUUCACAUAGUGGCACUUUAUAGAUGCAGGGGGCAUUACAAACAAACAAAAAUGCUCUUGUCAUCAGCUUUGUACAUGGCAGCUGGGUACCGGUCAUUUUAAUGAUGAGCAAUGCCUGACCUUGUGUCCUUGUUCCCAGAAGUCCUCCCAAAUUAAUUACUCCUUUACACCUUUCCCAGUCAUCUUAAUUAGAUCGAGGGCCUCAUUCUUUAUGAACAGGAGUUAAGUAGGUGUUAAUUUUUUAAAACUUCAUCAAGGUAUAACUAAACCUGUGCUCUGCAAAGUUACUUUUUUUGUCUCAUUUUCAAAAUAGUUGAUUGAUCACAGCUUUCCAAAAUGGGGCUCUGAAUAAGGUCCCUUAGGUCUCCAGAAAUUUCAGCCUGAGUUGUCCAGUGCCAUUCAGGAGACUGUUUUGGGAGCCUGCCCUUUGGAUUCUUCUUGGUAGAUAUCGGGAAUCUGAAUAGCUCAACGGCAAUUGCAUGGGAUUUAAGGUUGAAUUAUGUGAUCCUGAUAAAUUAAGAAAUCCUACUUUGAUAGUUUUUAAAAAGUUGGAAACCAUUUCAAGAGUUAUUGAGUACGUGGGGGAAAGCAAGAAUAUUAUUUUAGGGAAUUCAGUUGUAGUUGGUUGUUACUGUUAGUGUAUUGCUACUGAGCUACCUUGAUGUCACUUUAAGAAAAACAAGUUUAUGUGACUGGAAAUUGUUGGGAAAAUGUUGCCGCAGUCAUUUUAUUUUCUUAUAAUACAAUUUUCUAUUUUUAAUCAAA